AGUGUCUCGCAGCGUAUCUAUUGAUCAUUGCGACAUAGCUUCCCAGAGUCACAGCCCCGUCAGAUAAUAUCUUUACAUCUGAACCGCGCGCACAAACAAGCCCAGCCACGAACAGAACAAGCUCUCUCAUCCUCCUAUCUAACCCCCGAAAAAGCGAACGAUGCGUGCCUACUACUUCGACAACGUCCCCGGCGACCAGCGCCUCCCGCACGACUCGCAGCGUCCCGUGUCGGAGGAGACGCUCAAGGCCGCCGGGGUGCUGCACUGGCGCAUCCCACACGACCGCGAGGGCGGGUGGGAGCCCGCGAUCGAUGCGCUCGCGGUGGAGCGCGGGUACAAGAACCGGGACAUCAUCAACGUGACGAAGGAGGGCCUCGGGGACCUGUACGAGGCGAAGCUCAAGACGUUCUUCGAGGAACACAUGCACGAGGACGAGGAGAUCCGGUACAUCCUCUCUGGUGCAGGGUUUUUCGACGUCCGUGAACAUCCUACGGAUGCGUGGAUCCGCAUUCACGUCCUGCCCGGAGACUUGCUCGUCAUCCCCUCAGGCAUCUAUCACCGCUUCACGCUCGACGAGCUGAACCAGAUCAAGGCUCUCCGCCUCUUCAAGGAGGAGCCCAAAUGGACGCCACACAACCGCAGCGCUGACACGGAGGCCAACCCCUUCCGUGUCGACUACGUCAGCUCCCUCCAGCGCGUCGCCGUGGUCUGACCGAGUACCCUCCACAUGCGGUCCCAGGCUCUAGAUGUCAAUUUAUUUUUCGUAAAAUUAAAUGCGUGGGGACGAGCUGUCGGAUUAGGUGUGAGCAGAGUGCUGAGUGGUGGGGUUGCGGGAUGUAUGAUGUAGGGUGUGUGGUGUGUGGUGUACGUUAGUAGAUCGUUUUUCAACGACCUAGAUCUGCUU